AUGUCGUACGUACCCCUUGGAUGGACGCCAGAGCGUCUUGCUGCUGCGACGGCCGAUGAAUUGCUACAAUUGGACUACUCAACGCUCCACUUGAUUUCUCCAAUGGCUGUCUCGUCGCCCUCAGCCCAAGACGCGAUAUUCGGAGCGCGCAUAGAUGAGCUUACACGUCGCGAGCGAGAGAGAUUCAAGCUAUCACCAGUUCUUCCACGCUUCAGACCCGACACACCAUUGCCAGAAGAUGAUACUGAACGCGCCGUGAUGCAACAGCGCAUGCGCAAAUGGCUGGACGAUGAGCGCGCCCGGUAUCUGGCCAAUCCCGAUGCACUAGCCGUUCCUUUGAUCGAUACACAGAAAGUGCCCAAGCCCGAUGUAGAUGCUGUUGUGCAAGUGGUCCAGGAAGCAGGCUAUGACGAUUUUGGUUACGUCCUUGUGCGUUUGGAUUACACUGACGAGGAUGCUUGGACACGCUGGAACACUAUUUUCCAUCAGUACUUAGAUCGGAGUCUAGAAGAAAGUCUCGGUGGUGAGAGCAUCGCAGACAAAUUGCUCAUCGUAAACGUGGGGGAUGAAGACCUUGAUGGGACUGGCUGGCAUGGCGCUGUGAGCUACUAUGAAGAUGUUUGCGCAAACGACGCGGUGCCGCCUGGUCUCGACACAGGCAUGAUUCUCGUAGCGGAUGCAGAAGCUGUCAGCUCUCUGUUGCAACCGACACCCGAUGUUGAGCCCUGGAUCUGGGCUGCCGAUGUUGACUAUGACUGGAAAAUCGGGGACCAACCCUCACUAGGUUCAUCACCUGCCAGACACUAUCCUGGAUGCAUACGUGUUGCUUUAUCGGUAGUUCUCUCAGAGUUCUGGCCCCUUCUGAAGAGGCCUGGCGGUGUUGGGCGGCACCUCUGGACUCCAGACCUCGGAGUGUGGGAAGGAAUAGGCGUCUAA